CGAGAGAUGAGUGAAGAAUAAGGACUCAGAAUGAAUUUCCAAUGAAGUUUCACGCUUCUGUUAAGCUCUACAUCGGAUGUCAGAAUAUAUUAAAAGAUCUGCAAGAAACUAAGUACAAAUCGAUAAAAAAUCUGCAGCGAGCAUUAAGGAAUAUCAAAAACAUUUAAAGAGGAAAAUAUGUUUAAUAGUAUAAAGCAUUUGCUGAGAUAUAAUCCGAAUAAAUUUGGUUGUCAGCUACUGGCAUACUUCUCGGCGGAAACGACAGUUAAAAGUAAUCUAACGCAGCGAGAAUGCACACGUGGUGUUCACCCACAAGUGUGUGGACAACCGACGUCGACGACACAUCCACAUUUGAUAAAGCAAGGAGAGGUAUUGCCAGGUAUAUCGCUUCAGGAACUUAAGAGACGACGUUCUAAAUUGGUAGAAAGCAUCUCACUAACAGCAAAUGCCAAGAAUGUAUGCAGGCAACAAAUAGUUGUCAUACCUGCGUCAUCCACAAUCUACAUGUCUAAUAAAAUACCAUAUGUUUUUCGACAAAAUACGGACUUUUUAUACUUCUCUGGGUGUCAGGAGCCUGACAGUAUCCUAGUACUUACUUGCAAGGAGGACAAGUCAUCAUACACUUUAUUCGUAAGGCCAAAAGACGAACAUUCAGAAUUAUGGGAUGGUCCAAGAACUGGCGUUGAAAUGGCAGUAGAAAUGUUUGGCACAGAUUAUGCUCUACCUGUUACAGAGUUUGAACAAUUCCUAACUACGCUUGUACAAGAAGAUAAAAGCAGUAUUGUAUGGUAUGAUCAUGCCGAUAUUGUUCAACCGAUCUUGCAUAAAAAGCUGUGUCAAUUGAUCAAAUUGACAGACAAUCAAAUAUUUGCUUCUCCCAAGAUUCUGUUUCACCAAAUUCGCUUGAUCAAGAGUGCUUGCGAGAUCAACUUAAUGCGAGAAAGCUGCGGGAUUGCCUCCAAGGCUAUAGUAAAAACAAUUCAAUCUUCGAAGCCAGAAAUGAGCGAGCAUCAAUUAUUCGCCACUGUAGAUUACGAAUGUCGUAUGCUCGGAGCUAAAUACUUGGCAUAUCCUCCCGUUGUAGCAGGAGGUAAAAACGCAACUGUGAUACAUUAUAUCAGUAAUAAUCAAAUUAUACGAGAUGGCGAUUUGGUUUUAAUGGAUGCAGGCUGUGAAUAUCACGGCUAUUCGUCUGAUAUAACGCGAACAUGGCCAAUUAAUGGCAAAUUUACUCCAGAGCAAAAGGUUCUUUAUGAGGUAGUACUUGACGUACAGAAAAACUUGAUAGAAAGCUUGAAAGAAAUGCCGUCGUUGGACAACGCGUUUCGACAUAUGUGUCUUCUUUUGGGUGAAAGACUACAAGAAGUUGGCUUAAUACCAAAAAAUAUAGAUGAAAACAAAUUAUUGGCGUCCGCGUAUACAUACUGUCCGCAUCAUGUUAGUCAUUAUCUGGGAAUGGAUGUACAUGACACAGAAAAAAUAUCCAGAAGCAUAAGAAUACAAUCUGGAAUGAUAAUAACAAUAGAACCUGGUAUAUACGUAAGUCCAAGGAAUCCUUAUGCAUCGUCACGCUUUCACGGUUUAGGUAUUCGUAUAGAGGAUGAUGUUUUAAUAACAGAAAACGAUUCAGAAAUCUUAACGAAAAACUGUCCGAAAGAAGUAGCGGAAUUGAAGCCUUAGCAAGUUAAAGGUCAAAAAUAUUAAUAGUGGUAAUAAGUGAUUAUAAGCAUUCAGUGUAUAUAAGAAAAUAUAUUCUUACGUUUUAUAUGUAUAUAAAAAAACCAUAAGUAUGUAUGCUUGUAAAUAUGCAGAUAAUUGUAUCUAUAUAGAAAGCAACUGCAGUCUUG